UUAGACAAUGAGCUUUUUGUUUGAUUGGUCACACUUCUACUCAGAUUUGUUGUUUUCAAGAUUAAACGGAAUGUUUUUUUUAAACGUAUCUGGAGAGCAGGAAAAGUGCACCGAGGCCCAGCUGGACAUCUUGUUGAAGAUCAACACCGGCGAAUAUAGGUUGGUUAAAAAAAACAAGCGCAGCUCAGUUUGGAAUGUUUACCGAGAGAUUGCCCGCGCGGAUGGUACCAAGCUCAAGUGGCGCUACUACUGUCUUGGGUGCAAGCGCGUUAUGCAGUCCACUGGAGGCACAACCUCCAACCUAAGGAUCCACAAAUGCCACGUCCGGUAUCUGAAACAGAACGGCCAUGGAAAUGCCCCAUCUUCUGGUCAUCGAAACUUUAGUUCCCGGAGACGAGAUUCAGGCUCCCAGCGCGGCGACUUCUAUCAGAUCCAAGCGGAUGCCAUAUCGGAGUGCGACGACCUCAUCGAGGACACAGAAGAAACAUGCCUGGAGGAAGAUAAUAUUACUGAGGAAGAUUCGGAGCUAGCAAGAAAUCUAGCCUCACCGAAGUCCCGGCCCCUGCUAAAGCUAUUCUCGGAGGACUCCAGUUCGGACAAACAGGAGCCAGAUGAGGAUCACUCCACUGAGAUUGGCUUUGAAGAGCAGCGAACCAUUGAAUUGGACCACAACCACAUGCAACAGCCAGCUACGGAUUCUAGGCAAGAUGUUGUCCAAUCCAGAAGCAACCAAUUUGAGGCCAGUGCCAUUGCCGAAGCAGAGUCCUACGCCAAAGCCUGGACGCACGCCUUCCUGCGUCUGAACGAGGAGCAAAAGUUCUACGCCAAACGUUCCAUAGAUGAGCUGCUGGUUCUUGGACGAUUGGAAAAGCUUAGCAUUUCAACAGUCACUUCCUUGUCCACAAACUUCUGAUGUUUUUUUUGGCGGUUGUUGUAGGUGUAAAAUAAAUAUAACUAAUUAUAAAUAAUCCCACUUUCUUUACAAUGAACUCCAUUUUAUGAGUGUUAUAGAUCCGACGUAAACAUUAAAAAGACCAGAUUAUUUUUCAAUUUUUUUAUUUUUUCCAAUACGUUUUUAAAGUUUUUUUUUUUUACUUUUUCUUCUUUGCCAUCAUGCGUUUGUUGUAUAUUUUUUUGCUUUGCUUUUACAUUUUUUUUUUGUUUGUUUAGUUUAUUUGCUGUGAAUUAGAUGUUUUUUCUCAACAUGCCAGUUUGUUUCUGCUUUACUUUUUGGUUACAUUAAGUUGGGCCUUUUGCUGUCGUGUUUGUUUCAAAAUUGUGUAUGUUUUGGACAAAAAUUCAUGUUCAAUUUUAAGGUUUUAUGUUGAUCUUUAAUACGAGAAACUUAGAAUAAAAGUUCGCUUAACGCACAACA